AUGCUUAAGUUUGAAUGUGGAGAAACAAGCUCAAUUCUUAAUAAAGACUUGGUGAUGAAAUGGCCUCCCUCAGUAAAAUUUUACAUCUUUUCAUUGGAAUUUCGAUCGCCGCGUAAAGCAAAAGAAAUGUCAUUUAGACUACCAAACUGGCAACGAUCGUCGAUAAGUUGCUCGCCUAGCAACAUUAAUCAAUCCUGCCCAAGUCACUAUUUAUCAACGGUGAUUUAUUAUGAGUCGAGUGAUUUGCGAAAGGAGAUUCUAGUUGUCUUGGAAACCAAAAAAUCGUUCCAGGGCAUGACAGUGAUAAUGGCCUGUAAGAAAACUAAUGUUGUCGUCUGA